AUACCCUUCCUUUUUCAUCAUCACAACUACUCCAUAUAAUUAAUAUCAAAACUCUUGUAACAGAAAACAAAAAUGAAAAUGGAGAGGAGAAGCAGGUAUAGUACUGCCUUCUUCUUGUGGACUACAAUGGCUGCUGCUUUGCUCUCUCACAAUUUGGUCAUUGCCAUUUCCACUACUUCUCCUCUUUUCACUGACCAAAAGAAGAUCAAUAGUAGUUAUUCUCCUCAUCCUAAAGCUGCAACUCCUCCUAACACUCCAUCUCUUCAUCUUCCUCUAGAAGCUCUCAAAUGCAAAAGCUCUAGCCCACCAUCUUACGGUGGCGGCGGUAGCUCGGGAGGAGGGUCGCCGCCUUCACAUUGUGGUGGUUCUGGAGGGUCGUCGUCUCAACGACCGCCUUCGCAUGGUGGGGGUGGUAGUCCUUCUGGAGGCCACCAUGGGGGAGGGUCGCCGCCGUCUCACGGGACGCCUUCGCAUGGGAGUGGAGGAAAUAAUCCCCCGUCGAACUGCGGCAACUCACCUGGUGGUGGCCAGAGCCAGCAGCACCAUCACCAUCAUGCUCCCUCGAAACCCAAAUCUCCUCCUUCUGGUGGAGGCAGUGACACCCCUGGAUCUCCUCCUUCGGGUGGCGGUGGGAGUGGCACCACUCCCGAAUCU